CAUAUACUCCGAGAAUUCGCGCUGCAAAUUUCUCCAUUUCCUUGCCCUUCUCCUCCUCCUCUACUUGCCGCUCCCGGCGCCGAGAGGGGAAGCCACCGCCGCGCACGCCGCCCAUGGCCUCCUCCUCGGAGAACACGGACACUCCGCUACAAGAGCCCCAGGUCUCGCCGCCGCCGAACCCUAGCGAGGAGGCGGGCGGCGAGGCGGAGGAGCCGAAAACCCUAGAGUGGGCGCAGGAGCUCUUCGACAAGGGGUCCAACGCCAUCGAGGACGGAGACUUCGUCGACGCCGUCGACUGCCUCAGCCGCGCGCUCGAGAUCAGGGCUGCUCAUCAUGGAGAGCUUGCUCCAGAGUGUGCCAGCACGUAUUACAAAUAUGGAUGUGCCUUGCUAUACAAAGCCCAGGAGGAGACUGGUCCUUUGGGUAAUGUGCCAAAGAGUGCACCAAAGGAAGAAUCAGUGAAGAGUACAACUGGUAAAAAUGAUAGUGGAAGCUCAAAGGCCUCUGGUAGUAGUAAUAUUGAGGAUGCUGCAUCUUCUGAGAAAGUUGAUGCGGAAGAAGGUCAAAACUCAAAUGGCAAAGAUGAGGAUGGGAAUGAUGAAAUUGAGAAGGAUGAUGAUGGUGACGACGAAGAUGAUGAGAACAUGGGAGAUGAAGAUGAUUCUGAUUUGGAUCUUUCCUGGAAAAUGUUGGACAUUGCAAGGGCAAUAGUUGAGAAGAGCCCAGACAACACUCUGGAGAAAGUAAAAAUCUUUUCUGCUCUGGGUGAAGUCUCCUUGGAAAGAGAGGACAUAGAUAACUCACUUGGUGACUACCUCAAAGCUUUAGCCAUGUUGGAGCAAUUGGUUGAGCCUGAUCAUCGUCGAAUUGUGGAACUAAACUUCCGCAUAUGUUUGGUUUUCGAGCUGGCCUCCAAAAUUGGAGAAGCCAUACCAUAUUGUGCAAAGGCCAUCUCAUUAUGCAAGUCACGUAUACAGAGCCUGAAAAAUUCCAAGGAUGCUUUGUUGGCUGGUAAAGAUGAUAAUGUAUCUGCUGCUGAAGGAGGCUCAGAAAAAUCUGCUCUUGAAGAUGAGAUAGAGUUGCUGACUGGGAUACUGACUGAACUUGAGAAGAAGCUUGAAGACCUGGAGCAAGCAAUGUCGACCCCAAGUUCUAGUAUAGACGAGAUCAUGAGGACAAUUGUGUCCAGGGCAGCUGUUGAGCAAAAAGUUGCUGAUGUGAUGCCAAGAGCUGCAUCUUUUACUUCUUCCCAGAUGGCUGCAUCGAGCAAUGGCUUUGAUUCCUCAACUUUGUCUACAGCAGCAACAACCGGAAGCACUGGAAGUACUGUAACCGACCUUGGGGUUGUAGGCAGAGGUGUCAAACGAGCUAGCAUCAAGCCGAUACCUGCUGAACCUCCUUCGAAGAAACCUGCACUGAAUUCACCAUCUCUCCAAGGUGAUAGCAGCAACAACUCGGAGGUUCAUCCUACUACACAGAAUGGCGAUGAUUCUGUAUCAAAGUAGAGUACAACUUCAUUAGCACUACCGCUUUUAUUAACUUGCUGGAACCUGUUAGCUGCCUAUGUGGUUGGGUUUUGCUUAAUGUGGCCUGCCGCGUGGCCCUUUUAGCAAAGCUAUUUGAAUGUUUGAGAGAAGGGACUGCAUGAGCUCUCGACUCAUACUGAGCUUUGUAACUUGUAAGGUGAAAUUCGAACUGUUUACCAUUAACUUUUGAAGUCAUGUGUUCUAUUCGAACA